CUUCCUCUUUUCUAAGUUAAUCUCCCCACUGGACUCUGGCCCAGCUCAAGGAUGACUUUGGAGACCUACAUGUUUCAGAACCUAGAUCCUGGCAGCAGAUGGCUGCUUCAACCACUGACAAUUUUGCUGUUGUUGGCUUCUGCGGACAGGCAAACUGAUUUCCCAAAGGCUGUGGUAAAACUUGAGCCCCCGUGGAUCCAAGUGCUCCAGGAGGAUAUUGUGUCACUGAAAUGCCAAGGAACCCACAACUCUGAGAACCAUUCUGUCCAGUGGUUCCACAAUGGGAACUUCAUCCUAACCCAGCCCCAGCCAAGCUACAAAUUUAAGGCCAAGAACAAUCACAGUGGGGACUACAGAUGCCAAAUGGACCAGACCAGCCUCAGCGACCCAGUGCAUCUGGACGUGUUUUCUGACUGGCUGCUGCUCCAGACCUCUCAACUGGUGUUCCAGGAGGGGGACACCAUUGUUUUGAGGUGUCACAGCUGGAAGAACAACCCUCUGAACAAGAUCACAUUCUACCAGAAUGGAAAUUCCAAGCAGUUUUCCCAUUUCAAUGCCAACUUCUCCAUCCCGUCAGCAAACCGCAGUCACAGUGGUGAUUACUCCUGCAGAGGAAGUGUAGGGAGGACGCCCUACUCAUCAAAAUCUGUGACCAUCACUGUCCAAAGUCCAGCAAUUCCAUACAUCUCUCUACCUUGGUACCAAAUCACUUUCUUCCUGAUGAUGGGACUCCUGUUUGCAGUGGACACAGGGAUGUAUUUCUCUGUUGGGCGAGAUCUUCAAAGCUCAGUGGAGAACUGGAGGAAUCCCAAAGUCAGAUGGUGCCAUGGCCCUCAGGACAAAUGACUCCUCACCUUAUUGCAUAACAGCAGUUGCAACAGCAUCUCUUCAGGCCACAUAGCCCCUCCCUGAAAGCUAAGAAGCCACCUUUUUGUCACUUCGUUGCUCAAAAACAUUUAAUAGCUUCCCUUUCACUUGGAGUUAAGCUAAAACCUUUGCAAUGUUUUAUAAAAUGCUUAACAAUUUGA